GUUGCGGUGUGGUUGCCGAGUCAACGACCCGCCUGUCCAAAUUAUAAUUUUCGGGAAUUUAUCCGAAACUUGCAGACAUACACUCGCCUUGUCGAUUUAAUCCGCUCAUCUGUUGUUCUAUUUUCAUUCAUAAAAGGUUCCGACAUCAUGUCUGAACGAAAGGCUGUUAUCAAGAAUGCCGACAUGUCUGAGGAUAUGCAGCAGGAGGCAGUUGACUGUGCAACGCAAGCAUUGGAAAAGUUCAACAUUGAAAAAGACAUCGCUGCUUACAUCAAGAAAGAGUUUGACAAGCGAUACAACCCCACUUGGCAUUGCAUCGUCGGACGAAAUUUCGGCAGUUAUGUAACUCAUGAGACCAAGCAUUUCAUUUACUUUUAUUUGGGUCAAGUGGCGAUCUUGCUCUUCAAAUCUGGAUAGACUGCAAAAUUUCAUCUUGGUGUUAUCAGACCAGACAUUUAAACUACGUUGAACUUCACUGCGAACAAUGUUUAUUUGCAUGUGGACUGGCUAUCAAUAGUAUCAAUAAACUAUCAAACAACAACAUUGACAUUCUGAACCUUGUGUCAUAGAAGCAUUGCCAAUUUGUGAAAAGAAAUCUCUGCCAUUGGACAUUAGUCAUUGUUUCGCUGGUGUUCCUUAUUGAACGUGCCAUUUUGUGAAUAAAAUCUCUGCCAUCAGUCAUAGUCUCAGACGGACAGCUGUGUCUGGUUGUUCAAGACAAGUGUUUUUACUAACACUGGAAAAGGCCAGCGUCAGUAUUAACAAAACUUGUUCUUACAUUUGUAACAACCAAGCCCUGAUUGAAAUCCCUCAGACUUCAUCAUUCUGCCAUGCUAAAUUUGCAAAUUUCCUCCUAUACAAUAACCAUCGUGGAGAUCUUAUUGCAUCAAGUUCAAGACCUACUUCUGUUCAAAUUAUGAAAAUGAAAUACAUGUAAUCACUUUAUUGUUUGUUAGUACCACUAUAUCUACCAGUUGAUAUUACAUCAUAGAUAUGUCCAUUUCAGUGACGGUUAUUGUUUUUCUUUGAUUCUUAGAUAGAUUCAUUAGUAAUUCCAUUGAUUCUGGUUGUAUUGAAUUCUUAACUCACAAACAAACUGCGAAAAAUAUGUGAUGUGAUUAUAUCAUCAUUGUAUUUUAGUACCUGCAAAAAAUGUGAUAAUAGUAGAAAUUUUACUCUACAUUUGAUGUGCUCGGCAAACUAACUUUGCAGAAGAAUUAGGGGUUUGUUUCGGACUCGAGUCCUGGGUUGACUAGGUUUGAUUAUAGUUUGGUAAACCAGCAGUAUCUGCGUCGUCAAUCGGUAGUCAAUACUUGUAGUAUAGUAGUAAGACUGAUUCAUUUAGAAUAUUUGGUUGGUGGUAAUGCAUAGUAGGAGAAAUAAAGUAGAACUAGGCUUGCAAAGGCCAACUUUAGAAACUGCCAGGCAGAGGUGGGAUGACUGUACUGUUAUUAGUGAAAAACUGCCAGGAUACAUAACUUGUACCCGGUUGCAUUGACUUGAGAAGAAAAGCAUUUGCCAUUGUGGUGCCGUGGAAGUGUCGCAACCAAUGCUUAUAUUUUCUUUCUGUUUGUGAUAUUUGUUAGAACUAUUUUACCUUGCGGGGUUGUACAACAUUGUUUAUAUAAUUGUGCUGAUGUAUAAACUUUUAAUAUAAAAAGAUGUAAUUGCAAGUUCUAAUGUUUGAUUGUUCGUUGCUUUCAAAGUUAUUACAUAUUCUGAUGCACAAUCCAAAA